AUGGCAAAAGUAAACUUGAGCGUGGUGGCUCUAGGGGUCACGCUGCUCCUAUUAGCUGAGACAUGGGCCCAGAAUCCCAGGAAGAGACUGGCGCCUUCGAAGGCUCACUGCUGCGACGAUGUGCGCUCUCUCAAGGUUCAGGUGGCCAAUCUGACCAGUCUCCUUGAGGAGCUGAGUCGCAAGCAGGAGACAGACUUAAUGAGCGUUGUGAGGCAAGUAAUGGAGCUGGACAAGCACAACCGGCAGCAGGAGGCACGGGUUACAGAGGCAGAGAGCAAGUACUCGGAGAUCAACAACCGUGUGGAGAUCAUGCAGCUGCAAACCCUGCAGUCUGCAACCCAGACCUCAUCAGAUGCCAUAUAUGACUGUUCAUCACUCUACAGCAAGAGCUACAAGAUCUCUGGCGAGUACAAACUGCCUAAAGAUGAGUUUCUGGGGACACCUGAGCUGAGCGUCUUCUGCGAUAUGGACACAAACGGAGGCGGUUGGACUCUGAUCCAAAGGCGAAAAGUCGGCCUCACAUCAUUCAACCGUGACUGGAAACAGUACAAAAAUGGAUUUGGAUCCAUCCGUGGAGACUUCUGGCUCGGCAAUGACCACAUCUUCCGUAUAACAAGGCAGCCCAGUGUGCUCAGGAUUGAGAUGGAGGACUGGGAAGGAAAGUCCCGCUACGCUGAGUAUGGUUAUUUCACUGUGAGUAAUGAGCUCAACAGCUACAAGCUCUUCCUCGCCAACUACAGUGGGAACGCUGGAGACUCCCUGCGCUACCACAACAACACCAACUUCAGCACCAUGCACAAGGACAACGACAAAUGUGUGGACGACUGUGCUUCCCUGCGCAAAGGUGGUUACUGGUACAACUGCUGCACCGACUCAAACUUGAACGGCGUUUUUUACCGCUACGGCGAGCACACAAGGAACACAGAUGGGAUCACUUGGUACGGCUGGCACGGGCCCAACUACUCCCUCAAGAGAGUGGAGAUGAAGGUCCGGCCAGUGGGUUUUCAGCCAUAA